GUGGGAGAAGAGGAAGGAGGAGAAAGAAACAGAGGGGAAGAAGAGAAAAGACAAAAGAGUCAGAAAACAAAAGGGACUGCCAGUGGAGAGAGAACAGUUGUGACUCCUUAAAUUUGGUUGGCUGCAUUUCUGAGAGAUGGGCAACUACCCAAUCAUCCUGUUGCUGUGCUUUCUCCAUGCACAAGUUGCCGUAGUCGUCAACGCCCAAGAAACGGAGGUACCUUCAAAUGGCGCAGACAUAAUACCAUCUGACUGCCGGGAGGAGAUGUAUCCCUGCACCAGGAUGUACUCCGUCCACAGGCCUAUCAAGAGAUGCAUCCACUCCCUCUGCCUGUACAGCCUCCCUCGGGUCUACGUGAUCAACAAGGAGAUCUGUGUGCGCACCGUCUGCCAACAGGAUGAACUGCUCAAGGCUGAGCUUUGCAGGGAGAAAUCUGGCUGGCCCAAGCGACUCUCGAGGUCAACCAAAAAACGCUGUCGUCGUGGAAACCCCAAAACCUGGGCAAACAAGGCCUGAUCGGGGAAGAGAGGUGGCAACCUGGGUAGCCAGAGACCCAGAGGUGGAGAGAUGGAGGGAGGGAGGGAGGGAGGGAGGGAGAGGGAGGGAGAGAGGGAUGGGGUGAAUAACAAAUCACAAAACCUGGGGCUUAGUCACUGUUACUGUUUCCUUGACAGCAACGUAAACCAACAACAAAUCUAAGCGGUGCCACUCAACCACUUUGCGAGUAUUAAUCUCCUUUUGUUUUUGUUUUGUUUAUUUUUCAAAUAAUAAUCACAUUCAAUUAUGUGCCAAAUAAGUACACCUGUGAGGAAUCACUUCUCUAUUUAGACAUUGUUGUCUUGUUCACACUGACAACAGCAGUGCACUUUGUUUAUCAUAUUGAAUGUUAAAGUGUCUCACUGUUGAUUGUGCAUUCUUACAAACUUGUACAUGUAAAGUAUAGUUUUUGUGAUAAACCUUUUUUAUAUUUUUAAUGUAUGUAUACUUUUUCAGACACCAAACUUAAAUACAAAGAUCAAGUAGGUGAAUAAAAGGAA